CGAGAGCGCAUGCGCGGUAGCGUCUGUCUGCACAGCGCUUCCUAAACACGACGGAUUCAAACUCUUGCGGAUGCUGAUUGACAGCUGUCAGACGCUGAUGACGUCAUGACGUCGUCCUCUGAGGUGAACGUGCACAUGGAGGAGGUGGUGGUGGUCACGACCCCCGACACUUCAUCCGCCGAGGAGGAGAAGAAUAUACUGGUUGUGACGGAUCUAGAACAGUCUGGGGAAAACAUUAUGGAGCAAGCCAUGGAGUCCGAGGCUGAGUCCCUGCCCAAGAACACUGUGUUGGUGAAAAUAUCUGAAGAUACAGAUGUAGAGGGUGAUAUUCUCUACCCAAUAACCUGUGGAGACAGCAAAGCCAACCUCGUAUGGAAGAAGUUUGUGUGUCCUGGGAUCAACAUCAAAUGUGUGCAGCUGAACGAGCAUCUCAUCAGUCCCAAGGAGUUUGUCUAUAUAGCAGGAAAGUCCACGCUGAAGGACUGGAAGAGAGCCAUUCGCCUCAAUGGGACCAUGUUAAGGAAGAUUAUGGAUUCAGGUGAGCUGGACUUUUAUCAGCACUCCAGACUGUGUUCAAACACCUGCCGCAGUACCAAGAUUGACCUGGUGGGGUCACGAGUGUCCCUCAGCAGCCAGCAGUCCACAGAAACGGCUCCUGCGACCCCCGCCUCCGUGGACGUGAAUGGAUCCUCCGCUUCGUUUUCCGCAGAUGUUGGUGACGACAGCACAGAAUGGGUCACGGCUAUCGGAGAGGACACCAUGACGUUCUGGAGAGGACUGAAAGAUGCUGGGCUGCUGGAGGAGGUGAUGGAGGACCUGCAGAGAGAGAUCCAGGAGAUUCUCAAGGGCCUGGAGGAGCGAAUCCAAGACCCGCUACUGCAGGUUAAAGAUGCUGCUCUGCUCAACAAUAUAGUCCAGAACUUCGGGAUGUUGGACCUGGUGAAGAAAGUUCUUGCCAGUCACAAAAGCCAGAUGGACCGCUGUAGGGAGCAGUACACACGCAGCUUAGUGGCCCUAGAGCAACAGUGUGACGAGCAUCGCAAACGCGCCAAAGAACUGAAGAGCAAAUCGCAGCACCUCAACCACGUCCUUAUGACCAUGACCCCCGUGACCUCGCCUCCCACUGCCAAACGCCCCUGUCUGACCCGUGCCGUCUCGGGUCCCGCCACCGUGGCUGCCACGCCCGCCCAGCCCAUGCACUUCACCCUGCCCAUCACGCAGCUCGCUGGCAUCCCGCUGGACAAAGUGCUGUCUGCUCAGACUCGGUCACCCCUGAUCGGCGGAUACACGGUGCUGACAUCACCCGGAGGGACCGAACUCCAGUCUGAAGGCUCUAAUUUAACCGUGUUGAGCACCGCCGCGGUUCCACAGGGGUCCGCGGCACCCACUAUCGUCAAAGUGGUCAGUCCGUUUCAGCUGGUCACGUUGCCCGCAGUGGGAGCUGGAGCUAUGGUGCAGAACCUGGCAGCACCAGUAGGGGGCGCAGCAGUACCCGUAAGCACAGUCAGCGGUGUGAGUAGUGUAAACACUGCCACUGAGGAGACCGUUGGGCCGCAGGCGGAAGCGGCUACAGAACAGAUAGAUGACCAGUAGGAGUGAAAUUCUGAAUCUGUGAAGUUCAGAUUUGAUGUCAGUGUAUUGUAAAAUUUGUAUAUAGAUGAUGAACUUUUUUGCAUUUUUAUGGUUAAUUUGAAACUUUUUUUGCUAAAACAGCCAUGUUAUUGUAAUGAAUGUCAGUUGUUGCAUUGCAUUUGAUUUAAUUGUAACCUAACUGCAAUUUGCUGAAAUAGAGGCUGAAUUGUUUAAAGCAAUAGUUCACCCAAAAAUGAAUCAUCAUUUACUCACCCUCA